CGCGGACACGUACGUGCAAGAGGGAGAGAAGUGCCGGGUGGCGAGAUAGCGCGCCGAUAACCCUCCGGAACCCAGCUGCACCUUCGUAAAUAGACGCGUGAGUCCGCCUCGCUUCGUCGGGUUCGCCUCUGGGUCACGCGUACCGGACGCGCCGCGGCGGAAACGCGGACUCUUGCGGGCGUGGUCGAGCGCGUGCUUCCGCCGAGCGAGGGCGAGGGUUCCGGAAGACGACGAGGCACACUCGGCUCAGCGUGCGCGGAGGAGACUCGGGGUGGACGCGUCGAUGGUAGCACCGGAUGUACGGUGAGCGUCAACCCGGCACGGCCGACUACGCCAUCAGGCUGCCGCCAAGCGGGGAGGAAGUCUGUCUCGCGUGCCAGCACACAUCAAUGGUUCAGCUGGGAUGCCGGCCGUGGAAUCUCAGUCUGACGAGCGUGGUCAUCCUGGCGCUGUCGAACAUACUGCUGACGUUCCUGCUGCUGCAAUCGGAGACCUGCACGCCGGAGGCGAUCCCGCGGGAGGUGGAGCCGAGUGCCGUCACCUCCGACUGGAAUCUCGGCGGUCUCGGUGUCAAGCAGGAGCUACCGCCGCCGGAUUGCGUCACGCAGGAUUACCAGCCGAUGUCACCUGACGCUAACAGCCUGAAGCUAGAUAUCAGGCUCGGCAGGUGGGACGCACGCCGGAUAUUCCGCACCUUCGACUCGAUCCUGGUCGGCAGCCACUUCGCCGAGCUGUCGCAGACUCACCGGGUCUGCUUGGCCACCCAGAGCUCCGUCGAGAAGUUGCACUCGCUGGUGCAAGUUGCCCUGCACUGGACCGGACCGAUGUCCGUGGCCCUGUACGCCGCCGGUGAUGAUGAGUUCGAGGUACUGCAGCGUUACCUAGUGUACCUGACGAGGUGCUACGAGUCGAUUCGCCAGCGGGUGGUCUUCUCCCUGGCCGUGCCGAGGACGCGGCCACCCCGAAAGCAGCCGCGCGUCUUCGAGCUGCCGGACGCGGUCGACUGCGCGAAACCGGAAGCUACUCUGAACGAGCUCGCCACCCGUAUACCCAGUGAGCAGACCAACUGGCGGAUACGCAACGUGUACCCACAGAAUCACAUGCGCAAUCUGGCGCGCAAGAACUGCCAGACCGAGUACGUGUUCCUGACGGACGUCGACAUCGUGCCGAGCUUCAACCUGACGGUCGCCCUCGACGAGUUCCUAGCUGCCGACAAGUGCGAAAAGUGUGCCUACGUAAUACCCACGUACGAGCUGGACACGCGAGUCAGGUUUCCGCAGAACAAGACCGAGCUGAUCAGAUUGGCGCGGAAGGGCUUGGCGCGACCGUUCCACCAGAAGGUCUUCAUACACAAUCAGUUCGCCACGAACUUCACGAGGUGGCUGCAGGACGCGACGCCGAAUCACAAGCAUCACGAGAACGUGAGGACCAGUAAGGUCUACGUAAGUCACGACGUGACGAAUUUCGAAUUCCUUUACGAGCCGUUUUACGUGGCGAAGGAUAUCGCGCCGUCUCACGAUGAGAGGUUUAUGGGAUACGGAUAUACGAGGAAUACCCAGGUUUACGAGAUGUACGUGACGGGUUAUCAGUUCAAGGUGCUAUCACCGGUGUUCACGGUCCACUGGGGACUGCAGACCAGGAAAAGCAGGCCCGCGUGGCGCGAGCGUCAAAACAGUGCCAACAGGAAGCAGUUCGAGACGUUCAAGAAGGAGGUGUUCGCCCGUUACAUGCGGGACCCGCUGAAGAUGAUGAAGAACACCAACUGACGAAAGGCUCAUCGAGGGUCUCGUUGAUGCGAGGCCUCUCCAUCAUCUUUCGCGCUUAUUAUUAGGUUCAACGUCGUGGAACCCGGAGUAGAAUUAGACUCUACGGUUGCCAUUGCUCAUAACGUAGCUCAAUAGGAUCGCGGAGUGUUUCGCGCGAUCGCAACAAGUCAACGAAGAAUUCACCGUGCCCAUUCCUCACCUUCCGUCGCCUACCUUUCGUAGAAGCGCGACGUGUUAGAUUCUGUAGUUCCCCCUUUCACGAUUUUAUUUUACUUUCGUGACACGGUUCAUUAGAUCACUCCGUACUUUUUUUCUCAUUACAUCAGGAAGCGUUCUUGGAUCUUUGCAUACGUUUGCGCGGAGUAGAAAGGAGAAUCCUUCGAUUUGGAUUUUAUCCUUUGAGGAGGAACAAUAGUAAACCGUAUUAAACGCAGCGAUUCUGGAGUGCUCCGUGCACUGUGAAAGAAAGAUGGGAAAGAGAAAGAGAGAAGGAGAAGAGAGAAAGCAGAUGCCAGAUCGCGUCACCUCGAUCGGUGGAUUCGCGCUACUUAUCGGUUCAUCGAUUCCACCAGAGCCGAACCAAUCGCGGCAGAAAGGAGAGACCGGAGGCAGGAGGGAGGAAGGGGCUCUUGUUACUUCCACUCACGGAAUCCCCAAAGUCAUCAGAGACCGCCGUGUGGGAUCGCGGAAUAAAUAUCUCCUCGUGAGUUCCCUGCGGCACGUACUCGCGCCACAAGCUGCGAGGGAAACGAGGACGGGGGAUCUUAAGUGAGCGUACCUCGUUAGCUGUCUGGGGCUUAAGAGGGUGGCGUUUAAAUCCAAAAUCGAUACUCCGGCUUGACACCGGGCGUAACGCGCCCCGUAACGUACGAACUUGAAGUAACAAAUGGCGCAAACAGUCGUCGCGCUGUUUUCCGACAAAGUGAUCGAAGGAAAAUCAGCAACUUUCAGUUCGGGGGUUGAUAAGCGAUUGAUAAGACCAUUUCGAGAUCGCAGUUCCUUUUCGUACUCCUCGAUCAACGUGGAAUUGAUCGCUCGAUGACGCGAGGUGCUCGUAACACUGAUAAUUCUUUAAUUGUAGGAUACCAUAUGGUCCUAGAAGAUUCUAUGAAUACAAAGAAAUUCUAUGAAUAAAUUUUAUGAUGAAGAAGCAGACAAUAAAAAGAGUUUCAGAGAGUUUUAACGGAAUUCUAAUCCGAGGCUUGAUUAAGCGAGAUACUUGCCCGCAACGAAGAAUCGACGUCAGGGGCAAGCAUUCGUGGAUAAAGGGAUGAAUCUGGUUGAAUACAGGCGAACGGAAGAUGGCAAGUACGCGAGAAAGUGAAAGAACGAAGAGCAUAUCGCGCGCUGCAAGUCACGGGAUCGUGCCAAGACAUAUCAUUUCGUUAACAUUUUCAUCAAGCCGUUUCUCACGCAAGGUGCGCGCUAUGUCAACCACCACCGUCGCUUACUUUACGUUACAAACUUGCGGGAUUAAUUACGUGCGCGAGAGAGAGGGAGUGAAAUAGAAAGAGAGAAGGUGUCCCGAGAUUUGCAGACACAUUUGCGCGGAUGUGGCCUCCAUUUGCUCGCGCGCUGCUACAAGCUCAACGGCGACAACGAUUGCUCAAUAAAUAUCGCCAUCAGUUACACCUGAUCCGAUUAAUCCUUAGACGACAUGCUCUCCCAUUAUCUCUCUUAACUGACACGGCGCGAUCUUUCACGGUUCUCGAUGCAAUUCUCGUCAGGAAAAGAAAAAUGUUUCGUCGAAUACUGAUUUUUAUGUUCUCACUUUCGUUUAUCUAUUGUACAAAGAAACCGUGUAAUAAAAAUAUCGGGUGUUUACUUUACCUUAAGUGUCAAAUUGUUGGAUCGCUGCUGGCGUCGGUUAAGAGUUAGAAACGUCAACGUUUAGUUUAAGGCACAGAGUCAUCUCUAUAUUGUAAUGUUUUUAUAUACUGAUAAAUGUGUAAAGUAUAGUUUAGGCGGUGUGUUGUGAAAUAACAGAAUGUGUAAUGAAGAAUUGCGAAAACUGUA